GGAGAAGAAGCGAAAUGAAGGAGAGAGAGCAGAAAGCCUGGUGCGUCAGAUCCUUACGUCGGACACCUACAGGAAGUUGCAUGCGUGAUGACGUCACGUGCGGCGGAUGCUAGGUGACCUAAACAGAGACAUUUGCCGGGAAACUUUCUCCUGUUUCAGUCCAGAUUAAAGUGAUUCCUGCGGCUCUUUCCACUGUCUAACCGGCCCAAAACCUGUCGGCUGAAUGAGCGAGUGCCGAGAAACUGAUGAGGAUAUACAAAUGGAAAUGGACGAUAAUGGCCUGCAGACCCCUCGCUGUGAAACAAGAUGGUCACAGCAACUGUCAGGCCUCCCUCCCAAGCUCCUGCAGCGUCUGAUGCCUUUCCAACUGGAAGGAGUGGAGUUCGCUUUAUCUAAGAAUGGACGAUGCAUGAUCGCUGAUGAGAUGGGUCUUGGGAAGACGGUGCAAGCCAUUGCUGUUGCGUACGCCUACAGGAAGGAGUGGCCCCUGCUGGUGGUGGUGCCCUCGUCCCUGAAGUAUCCGUGGAUCGAGGAGCUGGAGAGGUGGAUCCCCGAGCUGCAGCCUGGAGACAUCAACCUGGUGGAGAACAAGAGCCACACCAUGUAGCUUUUUAUGCAGAUUGAUACCCUCUACCCAAAGAGGUUUGGAACAUGGACCGACUUUGCCAAGAAAUUCUGCAACGGCCAUUACAGGUACUUCGGGAAUCGCCGGCAGUGGGACGCUCGCGGAUCGUCCAACCUUUCGGAGCUUCACCAGCGCCUGAGUGAAAUCAUGAUCCGUCGUCUAAAGGCCGAAGUCCUCACUCAGCUGCCCCCCAAAAUCCGCCAGCGAAUCCCCUUCGACCUGCCUAAGGACGCUGCAAAGGAGGCCUCAGCCAGCUUCGCAGAGUGGGAGCGAUUGAUGAAGGGACUGGGGUCGGGGGUCAUCGGCACGGACAGCAACCCCUUCACACAGGUCAUGAGCCUGGUCACACGGAUGUACAAGCAAACUGCGAUUGCCAAGCUCGGCUUGAUUUCACCUUAUCUCAAAGUGGUGGGCGAACACCAGGAACUUCAGCUGCUCCGCCUCCAGCAUCAUCUUAAUGAAUUUAUUAUUUGUUCUGUUUCCUUUAAGGCUGGUUACAUCCGUAUCGAUGGCAGCGUCCCGUCGUCAGAACGAAUGCAGCUCGUCAACAAGUUCCAGAGCGACCCGGAGACACGAGUCGCUAUCCUCAGCAUCCAGGCAGCCGGCCAGGGUUUGACCUUGACCGCUGCCAGCCAUGUGGUUUUUGCCGAGCUCUACUGGAACCCCGGACACAUAAAGCAGGCGGAGGAUCGAGCGCAUCGCAUCGGGCAGACGGCCUCCGUUAACGUGCACUACCUCAUCGCCAAGGGCACCUUCGACACCGUCAUGUGGGCCAUGCUCAACAGAAAGGAAACGGUGACCGGCAGCACCUUGAAUGGCAGGAAGGAAUAUCUGAAGGCCGACGAGGGCGACAAGGACAAAUGGGAGUUUCUGAACUUCUCCGACGCGUGGAAACCGAGUGAGAUGCUUCUGCCGCCGGAGAGAAACAGCGGAGACUACAAAGAGGACGUCUUCUUCACUCAUUUUGAGAAGGAGAAGCAGCACGACAUUCGUUCCUUCUUCUCACCGGGCGGCAAUAAGGAGAAGAAGAGGAAGAGGACAGGAGACGAGGAAACAUCUCCUUCAGAGACGAGCGGCAAGGGAACGAACUCUGAAGAAAGAGAGGAGAUCAAAGAAACCGAAACCAUCCCCGACGUGGACUUCUCCCCCCAGGUGAAGAGGCUGCGGACCCCACAGCCGAGCCCCAGUCUCAGGCCUCAACGUGGGGGUAAAAGAAGGUCUUCAGCCGGGGGGAAAUUACCCAGCAGCCCCAGCUUCUUCUCCAUGAACCCACGGAAACUUCUGGAGACCGGACCAACGUCUGAGUGGAGCUGUGUGUCCUGCACAUACUCCAAUAGUGGCUUGAUGCCGUACUGCGAGAUGUGCAACGUCAAACGGCCUUCUUCUACUGCUCCGUCAGGCUCAGAGCCCCCCAGGCCUCACACCCCCCCUCCGGGUGAAAAGGACGAGGCAUGCAUCGUCCUCUCCGGCUCCGACAGCGACCCUGAGCUCAGUCGGGGGAAAACACAGACUCCCAGAUCGCCGGGAGGCAAACAGGGCGAGGGUGAGGAUGAGGAUGAGCCUCUGAAAGACAAACAGAAACCAGAGGAGGAAGAGGAGGACAAGCGGCAGCAGAUCAAAGACAAACAAUCAGCCCCCCCCGACCUCCGAACAGAGGAGACUGCUGCUGCCGGUGCUAAUGACGAUGAUGAGGCCAAUGAUGAAGAUGAUGCUUAUACGGUCUACCCGGGACUUCAGUUCUGCGCCAGCCCUUACACUGACCGGAUAUAUCUCUACACAAAG